CCACUAGCAUUUACCCUCUGGAAAAUGAAAAGUUCUGUUGUGCUCGUAUCAUGCAAAUUAUCACUAGUAGGAGGGCAGAGAGCAGAAGAGUUCCAGAUGUAGAUGCCCAUAAGAUACAGAAGCCCAGAGCCGUUAGAUGUAGGAGCAGAUGUAUAGGGUUUGCCUGACUCAUCCUCAAGGUUGCAUAAGCAAGAUUUCAAAAUUAAUCCUACUCUGAAGACCUCAACCCAGUGUACAACGUUCCUGGCUGGAAAAGAAGAACUAUAUUUUUCUAAUUUUUUUUUUCAACUCUUUACCAUUACUUGCCUUUGUAUCUCCGCCUUCUCUUUCUGCAAGAAACUGUAUUUCCUACUUCUGCACACCAAGUUUCUACCUCGAGAUCUGUUUGGUUCAGUUGCUGAGAAACCUGACACACCAGUGCCGCCUGGAAGAAGCCAUCCACUGAACAGAGGAAAAUGGAUGACAAGGACACGUCUCCUCAGUUAAUCCACAGCAUGUCGUCCACAUAUCAUUCUCUGUUUCCAAGAGACAUCAACAUGAACAGUGAAGAAGCCACCACCGUUUAUGACUACGAUUAUGGCGCACCCUGUAACAAAUUGGACGUGAAGCAAAUUGGGGCCCAGCUCCUGCCCCCACUCUACUCAUUGGUGUUCAUCUUCGGGCUUGUGGGCAACAUGCUGGUCGUCCUCAUCCUGAUAAACUGCAAAAAGCUCAAGAGCAUGACUGACAUCUACCUGCUCAACCUGGCCAUCUCUGACCUGUUGUUCCUGCUCACCAUCCCAUUCUGGGCCCACUAUGCUGCCAACGGGUGGGUCUUGGGGAAUGCAAUGUGUAAGUUAUUUGCAGGGCUGUAUCACAUCGGCUAUUUUGGUGGAAUCUUCUUCAUCAUCCUCCUGACAAUCGAUAGGUACCUGGCUAUCGUCCAUGCUGUGUUUGCUUUAAAAGCCAGGACAGUCACCUUUGGGGUGGUGACAAGUGGGGUCACCUGGAUGGUGGCUGUGUUAGCCUCUGUCCCAGGAAUCAUUUUUACUAAAUCCCAUGAAGAUGAUUCUGUUUACUUCUGUGGCCCUUAUUUUCCACUAAUGUGGAAGAAUUUCCAUACAAUAAUGAGGAACAUCUUGGGUCUGUUCCUACCACUGCUUGUCAUGGUCAUCUGCUACUCGGGAAUCCUGAAAACCCUGCUUCGGUGUCGAAACGAGAAGAAGAGGCACAAGGCUGUGAGGCUCAUCUUCGCCAUCAUGAUUGUGUACUUCCUCUUCUGGACCCCCUACAACAUCGUCAUUCUUCUGAGCACCUUCCAGGGCUUCUUUGGCCUGAGCACCUGUGAGAGCACCAGUCGACUGGACCAAGCCAUGCAGGUGACCGAGACGCUCGGGAUGACACACUGCUGCAUCAACCCUGUCAUCUACGCCUUCGUCGGGGAGAAGUUCAGAAGGUAUCUCUCGGUGUUCUUCCGAAAGUACAUCGCCAAACAUCUGUGCAAACAAUGCCCAGUUUUCUACGGGGAGACAGCGGAUCGAGUGACCUCAACAUACACCCCUUCCACUGGGGAGCAGGAAGUCUCGGCUGGUUUGUAAAAUGAGUAGCAGUUUACUUGUCGUUUUUAAAGGGAGAUCACAAUCUGUAUAUAAUAACAAGCCUCAAGGGUUUGUUAAACAAUAGAGACCUGUAAAGUGGUUACCCAGGAACCUCAAGGCUGUGUGUACCAAGACAGGCUUACAUCACUUCUUGUGUAUCCAACCUAUGCUCAGGGAAUAUUCCAGAUCAACUGUGGAUAGAGACUUGGACUCUCCAGCAUGCUCAUCUCCAUUCCUGGAAAAUGCCACUGCCUUGUGCUAAGGCUCUUUUUCGAGUCUUCACCGUUUCUUCACUCAGUCUCUGAUUCCAUCAGCCUCAUAAUCAAGGGCCCAGCUGG